AUGCAAAGUGAAUUUGAGAUGACUGAUCUAGGGGAAAUGACAUACUUUCUUGGCAUGGAGAUAAACCAAUUGGCAUAUGGGAUUUUUGUGAGUCAAAGGAAGUAUGCAAAUGAGAUUUUGAAGAAGUUCAGCAUGAAGAAUUGCAACCUAGUGAGCACACAUUUGGUGCAAAACCAAAAGUUAUGCAAAGAAUAUGGUGCAAGCAAGGUUGAUGAGUCCAUGUAUAGAAGCCUAGUAGGUUGCUUGUUGUAUUUGACAAUAACUAGGCCUGAUCUAAUGUAUGCCUCCGGCCUUCUAUCCAGAUUCAUGAAUGAACCAAACAGUGAUUGGGCUGGUUCUCUUGAUGACAUGAGAAACACUUCUGGUUAUGCGUUUUCUUUAAACUUAGGAGCUUUUUGUUGGCUGUCCAAGAAACAAGAGACUAUAGCUCAAUCAUCUACAACGUCCAUUGUUGCUAUGGCAAAGAAUCCUAUCUUACAUGGUCUAACUAAGCACAUAAAAAUUAUGUUUCAUGCUGUGAGGGAAGCUGAGCAAGCUAAAGAAGUUAAACUGAUGCAUUAUAGAAGUGAGGAACAAUUGGCUGCAUAA